CUGUCUUCGAACACUACUAUAUUGCGUCAUAUCCGCAGGUCGGCUCCAUUGACUGCGGCCUUUAAUCAGCUCAGCAAAAAACUGCAGCUCUACGCGAUGAAAUAAAUGAGGCUACGCAAAUGAUAAAAUACAAACUACACAAAUAGCAUCUUCAGUAAAACUGGUCCAAGUGACAGAACAUCACCAUUCCCUGGAGCUGACCAAUGUGAAGAAAUUCGUCUUCACUCUGGAAGAAGGAUUCGGCGAGUCGUCGUCAGUCCAACUGCUAUGGUAUGCUUCUGGGAUGCCAAAAGGGAAAUAAAGGUUCUUUUCAAGGGAAUGAAUGGUUGAUGUCCACCCAAGAGAGAAAAUUGGGUUCUAUGAAAGUGUGAACAUCAUCAAGCCAGAAGAUGCAGCCAUUCUUUUCCAGGCAGAAGGACAUUACCCCAAGAGACUGAUGAUCGAGGCAUGGAUCGCCUACAGAGACUACAGGAACCACAACUAUGGAGUCAUUCUGAAGGAUGGGGAAGACUGGAAGUCCACUCGAUUGGUCCUAAACAAGCAAGUAAUCGCUCCACAGGUUCAGCAGAACUUUGUUCCUCUGUUGGACGAGGUGGGACAGGACUUUAUGGCACGAAUCCAAGGAAAGAUUGAGAAGAGUGGAAACAACAAAUGGACAGUUGAUCUCUCCAAUGAGCUGUUCAAAUACGCACUGGAAUCUGUGAGCUCUGUGCUAUAUGGGGAACGAUUGGGACUGCUGCAUGACCACAUAGAGCCAGAGGCUCAGCAUUUCAUUGACUGCAUCUCCCUGAUGUUCAAGACCACCUCUCCUAUGUUGUACAUACCCCCUUGGCUGCUGCGCCGCUUGGGGGCCAGGGUAUGGAAGGACCACGUGAAGGCCUGGGAUGGCAUCUUCAACCAAGCGGAUCGCUGUACCCAGAAUAUGUUCAGACGGUUAAAACAGGAGUCAGGUGGUGAGGGGAGAUACCCCGGGGUGCUGACCAUCCUAAUGCUCCAGGGCACGCUGUCUAUUGCGGACAUCAAGGCCAGCGUUACUGAACUGAUGGCUGGGGGCGUGGAUACGACCUCCAUCACCCUGCUGUGGACUCUGUAUGAGCUGGCCAGACAGCCUGAGCUACAGGAGGAGCUUCGGGCAGAGAUCGCUGCAGCACGGGCAGCCUCGCAGGGAGACGUAAUGGAGGUGCUGAAGAUGGUGCCCCUGGUCAAAGCCACCCUGAAGGAAACACUGAGGUUGCAUCCUAUUGCUGUGAAUUUGCAAAGGUACAUAACUGAGGAUGUAGUGAUUCAGAACUACCACAUUCCAUCUGGGACCCUGGUCCAGCUGGGCCUUUAUGCCAUGGGCCGCGACCCCCAGGUCUUCCAGCGGCCGGAGCAGUACAUGCCCUCACGCUGGCUGCAGAGGAACACCCGCUACUUCAGGAGCCUGGGGUUUGGUUUCGGGCCCAGACAGUGUCUCGGCCGCAGGAUAGCGGAAACGGAGAUGCAGCUCUUCCUCAUACACAUGCUGGAGAAAUUCAGGGUAGAAAAUCAGGGGCAGAUGGACACAAGGAGCACCUUCGAGCUCAUUAUUCUCCCAGAGAAACCCAUUGUGUUGACCAUAAGACCUCUGUGACCUCAGUCAAAUGGGAGGUAAUGGAGUGUUGCCAAGGAGAGCAUAUAGAGAUGUGAAUCUCCAUGUUGUCUACCAUACAUACCUGACAUUUGCAUAGCGACUAAAUUAAAGGGACUAAAACCUAAAUGACCUGACCCCCCCCCCCCUCCCCCCAAACAAUUUUUUUUCUUUUACAUUACACAUUUCAAGUAUGUUUGGUGAAAUGAAUCACAGUUCCCAAGAUCAGUUGGUCAUUUUUUAAUCAUAUAAUUUCUUUAUAAAAAAUAUUUCUAAAAAAUGUUUGAUUUAUUUUUAUAAGACAAUUCUCCUUAACAUUUUAGCCAUUGUUUUUGUCCAUUUCAGUCGGACUUCAAGCAUCUGCAGAGGAAAUUCAAGACAUUUGAAAAAGAGAAAAUUGAAUUGCCCUCUUAGCAGUUUACUCAUAUUUUCCAGAAUAGGUUUUUUAGAAGGCAAUAAAAAAUUGAUUGUUAAUUUUGAAUACAGAUACAAAAAGAUGACAAGAGGGCACAUUUGAGUGUUUCAGUUAAUCUGUAAAAGGCAUUCAGAACAAUUUAUAAUAAUCAUUAUUUUUUUUAAUGUUCUUUUGUCAAAUUUUGACAAAAUUAUAUGCCUUUAAUACUUUAAAGAAGAAAACUUUGUUGCUGCUACAUUGUCACCCCUCACCCCUUAUAUCACUAAUCUUUUAUAGCAUCACUUCAUGUUUUAUGUGAAGUUAUGUGUCACUUACAAACGCUGAGUUGUACCUACCGUUGCAAAAUAUUGAUCUGAUGUGAUGACACAAAUAAAUGUUUAUUUUUAUUAAUUAAAAUAAAUGUCAAUUUUACCUUCAAAUGAAGUAUUACCAAAUCUCCUGAAAACAAUGCCUUAAAGAAGCUAAAUUUUUUGAAGAAGCUCUCCCAAUGGAAUAUCUCUACAUUCUCUUCGUCUAUCUCAGCUGUGCUCCAGAGGAGAAGCUAUUUUCCAUAUUGACUGCAAUUGUCAUGUCACCUUUGUAAAUAACUACCAGGUAACACAGCUUUCGAAGGUCUCCCCCCGUCCUUCGAGAGAUAAGAAAACUGUUUCUGUCUUAUCAGUUUUGGACCUCAUCAGUGAGUUUCCUCCAAGAGUGAUAUUGCAGUGUUGUCAGAACCUUUUGCAUCAGGCUUGUCAUGUAAAUUUUUUUCUUCAUCAUAUGAAACUUUUGAGUUGUAAGCUGA